CAGCGGGGCCGCGCCCGGUGGCAGCGCCGCCUCCCCCGCCGCCCCCUCCCCCCCCCCGCUCGGCCCCGCGCUCCGCUCCGCUCCCCCCCGCCCCGUUCCCCCGCAGCCGGGCGGGGGAGGAGGAUGGAAACACCCUUCUACCAUGAUGAUGUAUUGAGCGGCCUCGGCAGCGGCUUCGCCCCGACCUCCGGUACCGGCAGCAGCGGCAGCACCGGGCUCCUCCUGCCCUUCCCCGGCGGCAGCAUGAUGAAGAAGGACGGGCUCGGCCUGGCGCUGCCCGAGCAGGUGGCGGCGGCUUUAAAGGCUCCGGGAGCGGCGGCGGCUGCGGGAGCGGCGGGCGGUGAAACGGCGCCGGGGCUGCUGGGCUCGGCCGAGCUGGGGCUGCUCAAACUGGCGUCCCCGGAGCUGGAGCGGCUCAUCAUUCAGUCCAACGGGCUGGUGACCACCACGCCGACCAGCGGGCAGUUCCUGUACCCCAAAGCGGCCGCGUCCGAGGAGCAGGAGUUCGCCGAGGGCUUCGUCAAAGCGCUGGAGGAUUUGCACAAGCAGAACCAGUUGGGCGGCGGCGGCGGCGGCAACAACGGGGGAGCGACGGCGGCGGGAGGAGGAGGCGGAGGAGGCGGCGGGGAACUGCCCGCACCCGGCCUGGCCCCGGAGCCGCCGGUGUACGCCAACCUCAGCACGUUCCCCGCCGUCACUUACGCCACCGAACCCGGCCCUACACGUAGAAGGCGAGGCUCAACCUUCGCUUUCGAAUCCGCCUUCCCGUCCGAGUUCUCGUGGAGAUAG